UCACGGGCGCUUUCCCGAUGCGGCUGCGCCUCUCCAUCGCGCCCGCCUCCGCGCCUCGCCGGCACCGCGCCUCCCUGCGGCGGAGCCCAACGCCACCGCCGCCACUUCCCGCGAGAGCUCAGUCUCGCGCCUGCGCCGCGCAGGCCGACGUGCUUCCGGAAGUUCGGCGCGCAGGGGGGGGCGGGACCAGCCGCGUCCUGGCGCGGCGCCGCGGGCCGGACCCGGAAGUCGUGGAGAUGUCGCUGGAGGACCCUGUUACCACAUGCCUUUCUGCCCCGGUGUACCAUCUGAUCUGUGAACUCGGGCUUGAAGUCAAAGAAUAUCCUGCUAUCAGUAGCAUUGUGGCUGGGAACGGGGACGUGUGCUGGAAGACGAUCACAGACUGUGUGAUUGGUGCCGAGUCAGGCCAAGGUCUGGAUUACCAGGGAAGCGUGAGGCUGCUGGGCCCUGUGUGUGAGGCUGUCCACAUGCAUUUCUCAUCUCUCACCAAGGGGCAGUUUGAAGUUCAGUAUGUACCGUGGCUCCAGUGGACAAGUUCUCCAGAGUUGUUUCCGGAAAUAUUUGAUGCCUUGGAGAGUCGUGAGUCCCCUGCUGCUGCUCUCAGCCUCAUGAAGCUGACGGCCUGUCUGGAACGGGCCCUGGGUGAUGUGUUUUUACUGGUGGGGAAGGAAUGCCCGUUUCUUUUAAGAGACCUGCUUGCCUCUGCGGAGCUUGCUCGAGUCUUCGGGCGGCCUGUGAUGGACGUCCUGACGGUCUUCGUGGGCUCUCCACGCGGACUCAACCUGCGCAACGUCCUGUGGCACGGGUUCGCGUCCCCGCAGGAAGUUCCUCCAAAGUACUGUUCGAUGCUGGUGCUGCUGACCGCGGGGCUGGGCCAGCUGCUGGAGGCUCACCUGCAGCAGACGGAGCGCACGGUGGCCCAUCGGCCGCUCCUCACGCUCGCGGACUCAGAGGACUGGACCGUCUUCCCCGCUGCUACUGACGAGGCACUUUGGGCAUUGGAGGAAGUGAUGAAGAAAUCCUCUUUCGUCCUGAGGAUCAUGUUGCCAUAUUGGGAAGUCGCGUUGACCAAGUUCAAGACACACAGGUUCGCCGACUGCGCCAUGCUGCUGUUGAUGCAGCUGGAGACGGGACUGCGGGGCCUGUUCGCCAAGGUUAACGGGUGUCCCAGGAGACUCCUGACGGCCGAGUCGGCAGCUCUGUACACCACCUUUGAUGAAAUGUUGGCACAACACCUGAGUGAUGGCGAGAUCAACCAGCUUCCUCUUGUCCUCGGGGAGCCUGCGAUGGAAUUCCUCUGGGACUUCCUGAACCACCAGGAAGGGCCUCGCGUCAGAGAUCACCUAAGCCACGGGGAAGUCAGCCUCCCUGCAUUUCCCAAAGGACUGGCCGACCAGCUGCUCGCCUUCUCCCUGGUGCUGUUGCUGAGAUUCGCUGAUGAAGACCUCGCCUCAGAGUUUAAGGAAAAAGCAGCAGUUCAGGCGCUGGUCAGGCUGGCGGAAGGCUACAGCGCUCGCUUCCACCCGGUCGCGCUGAUUAAAAAGCAGGUGCUGAGCUGUGAGGAGAGCGUCCGGUCGUGGCCUCUGCUGCCUUUGCCGGAGGACGCUGUCAGGGAAGCGGCCAGCCGAACCACCUCCUCAAUCAGAUAUGAGAAACUUAGCCCCCUAUUCACAUUAGGUGGCAGUUCUGAAGCCAGUGCCUGCGAGCCUUUGAUUAUAAAGAUCGUGUCUGAGCUGUGCCGCCACGUGCCUGGGCACCACGGUGCUUUCGGGGGCUUAGACCGCCUUCCUGUUGAGAGGUGGCCCCGGCCGCUCCCGUACAUCUGCAGCCUCCGCGUGCCAACCCUGUUCUGCCCCAGAGCCGUCCUGGAGGUGCUGACCGUGCUCCGAAGCAUCAGCUCACGCUGCGCCCAGGUGUCCCAGCAGGUGACGGCCUCCCUGGAGCGCAGAGGCCAGCAGUGGGCGGAGAAGACACUGCGCUCCCGGCAGAGGCAGAAUUUCCUGCGCAUGGUGAGCAGUGUGAAGCUGCUGGCCCCGGUGCUGUCCCUGGUUGUGCUGCUGGUGGCGCUGGAACUGGUCAGCGUUCACGGAGUCCGCGGCGAGAAGCCCUGCGGCCGCCAGCGGUACCUCAGGUUCUUAAAGUCGGUCCUGCAGUUCACUGAGAACCUGGCGGCCUGCACCAGCCCCGCCAGGAACCAGUGGGGCGAGACGGCCCGGCUCACGCACACGGCGCUGCUGGGCAUCUACUUCAGGGAGAGGAGACAGAUGCUCAUCCACCGAGCCGGGAGCUCCCGCUGAGGCCGCCCGAAGACACGUCGGAGCUCAGUCACACCAGGAGCCCCCGGAUGGAUGUCACAGCCUGCAAACGGGUCCAGGGGAGGCGGUUCCAGGGACACGCUCCCCGUGGUGGUGCCGUGUCCUCCUCGGUCAGCACG